UCUUGAGUCAUCGGACAGGCAUGGCUCCGUGAGACUGACUCACUCGAUACUGACGCACACCCGAUAGUAGACUGACACCGAUAGGCACGAUUUCUCCUACCUCAGUCCGCGGGCGAGUGCUCCGGAUACGGCGCGAUCUGUCACCCGGAAUCUCCGACAUCUGCCUCUCGCUGCCCCCAUCCGAUCCAAGUACAUGUAUUGCAACAUGAUGUAUACCGUGACGACGCAUUUGGUCGAAGAGAGGACCGGAUUAUCCUUCGCCGAUUUCCUGGAGGACCGCUUCUUCCGCCCGCUGGGCAUGGCUUCCACCAAUCUCCAGCCGCAACGAGCGCGCAAUCGAGGACUGGGCGACCGUAUCGCCACGGGCUACAGCUGGAAGAAAGAGCAGCGCGACUACCGUCGGUUUCAGACGCCAGAUUGCCCCGAAGCUCAAGGAGCAGGCUCCAUCAUCACCAGCGUGAACGACUACAUCCGCUGGGUUAAAGCCAUGAUGCAUCGCGAAGGCCCGGUGACGGAGAGCCUCUACAAGGGACUUCUCAAGCCACGCUCCAUUGAGGACCCGGGGGAGGAGGAACUCGCGCCACAGACGUCCUUCACCCUCUACGCGGCGGGGUGGGAGAUCUACCAUAACCGGGGACACGCGGUGGUCUGUCAUGACGGCGCAGUCGCCGGCUUUGGCAGCACUCACUUUUUCCUGCCUGAGUUCCAAUUCGGAGCCGUGAUCUCGGGAAACUCAGACACGGCAGUCCCGGUGGUCACCAUUAUGGCAAGAGAGUUGAUUGACCUGGUUCUCCAAGUGCCUCAUACCGAGCGCCCUGAUUGGAAUAGCAUUGAGUGGACCAGCUGGGAAAAAGAUGAUAACCCGAGCGAGACGGAGCUGCGCCAAAAGCUGUGCCCGGAUGUGCGCGAGCCUCAGCCUCAGCAGUUACCCCUGAGCGCCUACGUGGGCCGGUAUAGGAAUUUGGGGUAUUAUGAACUGACGGUCAAGGCCAAGAAUGACCAGCUGUUUGUCGAUGCGACCGAUCGUUCCUUUGGGUUUGUACUGACCUUCGACCAUGUCGGGGGACAGUCGAAGUACAUCGCGCGCCUAGAAGAUUAUCUCGACGGAUAUGAGGUUUUGGUUCCUGCUGAAUUUGUUUUGGAAAACGGUAAAGCUGUCAAGCUUGGGUUGGGGCUGGAAGAAGAGAUGGAGGAUUUGGUGUGGUUUGCGAGGGUGAAGAAAGGUAGUGAUGCCUGAGGCAGGAGGAGGAGAUCCCUCAGGCAUCUACUGGGCUGAAGCCUGAGGCGAAAGGAAAACAGAUGCCUGAGGCCGACACGGGGCAGGUGUCGGGGGCGGAGACGGGUGGCAGUAUUCGUUCACUUCCCCGAUAUUGCA